AUGUCGUUUGCUGGAAGACGCAGAGGAAACAAGGCCAAGAAGGGUGUUCAGUUCACCCUCAUGGUAGUCGGUGCUUCUGGCACUGGACGCACUACCUUCGUCAACACCCUCUGCGAGUCUGAAGUGCUGGCGCACAAGGUUUCUGACUCCCCCGAGACUGCGCACGUUGAGGAGGGUAUCAGAAUCAAGCCAGUCACUGUUGAGCUCGAGGAGGACGGUGUUCGUAUUGCACUCACCAUUGUUGACACCCCUGGCUUCGGUGACAACAUCGACAACGAGUUUGCCUUCCAGGAGAUUGUUGGCUACCUCGAGCGCCAAUACGACGACAUUCUCGCUGAAGAGUCUCGCAUCAAACGUAACCCGCGCUUCAGGGACAACAGGGUGCACGCUCUCCUGUACUUCAUCCCUCCUACCGGACAUGCCUUGAGGGAAAUGGACAUUGAGCUUAUGCGCCGCCUUUCUCCUCGUGUCAAUGUCAUUCCUGUCGUUGGAAAGGCGGACUCUUUGACCCCCAGUGAGCUUAAGGGCUUCAAGAAGAGGAUCAUGGAGGACAUUGAGUACUAUGAUAUCCCCGUCUACAAUUUCCCCUAUGACGUGGAAGAAGAUGACGAGGAAACCAUUCAGGACAACAGCGAGCUGCGUUCCCUGCUUCCUUUCGCAAUAAUCGGCUCCGAGGAAGAGAUCGAGAUUAACGGAGAGCCCGUUCGCGCUCGCAUCUAUCCUUGGGGUAUUGCUGAAGUUGACAACCCUAAGCACUCGGAUUUCAGCAGGCUAAGGAGCGCGCUUCUCAACUCCCAUCUUGCUGAUUUGAAGUCACUGACCCAUGAUGUCUUAUACGAAACUUACCGUACCGAGAAGCUUUCUAGGACGGUGCACACCGAUACCCACGACUCUUCCAUCCUUCCCGAGGAACUUGCUUCUCAGAGUGUGCGGCUCAAAGAAGAGCAAUUGCGUCGGGAGGAAGAGAAGCUGCGCGAAAUUGAACUCAAGGUGCAACGCGAGAUCAACGAGAAGAGGCAGGAGCUUCUCGCUAAGGAAGAAUCUCUUCGUAACCUGGAGAGCCGCCUUGCUGCUCAGGGAUCACAAGCAGAGUUCCGUGACUGA